UUGCCCAUAACAUUUGCCUCAAAUCUUAAUAAGUUGAAAUCAACCAAAAAAAAUACCUGCCAAACAUAUUAACAGCAAUAUGAAUGAACAGACAAACUCUAUCUCAAUUCUAUGCCAAUCACUAAGGCUCCAUUUUGAUAGAUGUGAACGUCAAAUGAAGGAUUGGACAUUUAUUUUGCCAAACAUAUGAGAUAGAGUGAUUGGCAAACAUGAAGGAGGGGUUUGAUAGAUUGUAUUCAAAGGUUGUUCCCAACUAAGAAGAUGCAAGAUGACAUUCUCGACCAGUUAGUAGAAUCUGAGAGAGAGGACUGAAUGUUCAAAAAUAACAUGGCAAUUAGGCAAAGAGCUUCUAGGUCACCAGGUGAUCACAAUUUCUUACUCCUUGUGCUUAAAUACUACCCCUUUGUUCUUUAUCCUUUGCUACAAUAUAACUAAUUGGCAAUGUACAGUUGAGUGGUGGAAGGCAUUUGGUCAUGAAACUCCAUUUUUGCAAAAAUUUGCCAUCAAAAUUGUUAGCCUUACUUGCAGUUCAUCCGGAUGCGAGAGAAAUUGGAGUGUGUUCGAACAUCUUCACACCAAAAAAAAUAAAUAAGCUAGAUCAAAAGAGCCUCAACGACUUGGUGUUUGUUAAGUACAAUAGAGCAUUGAGGCGUCGAUAUGUAAAACGCGGCAAAUUUGACCCGAUUUCCUUGAAGAACAUUGAUGAGAGCAAUGAAUGGUUGAUUGGAAAAUUGGAGGAUGAGCUUGUAUUUGAGAGUGAAGAUUUGGAUUGGAAUGUUGUUGCGGAGGCUAGUGAAGUUGAAGAACCUAGCAAAGUUACUAGGUCAACUCAUAAACCAACAACUUCAAAGUAGCGUUUAAAAGCAUCAAGUUUUCGUGUAGAUGAUUGGGAAGAAGAAGAAUUUGACAACAUUGUUUCAGAUGAAGGAGAAGAGGAAGAUGUGGAUGGAUAUAAAAGUCAAAUGAUGAUGAAGAAGAUGAAGAUAUAGGUGAUGAGUGAUGAAAGGAUGAUGUCUUGUUUGAAAUAUUUGAAUUGUUACAUUUUAUGAGCAUAUUUUACUAGUAUUUCGUAUGUUGGAUUGUUGGUUAUUAUGCAAUACGGUGAUAUUUAUUCUUGUUUUGAUGGUAUGAGUGAAUAUUGGUCAUUUAUGUAGUUUAGAUUUUUAUUUUUUUUUUAAAACGCUCGCCUCACUUCAAUGAGGUGCUCGCCUCACCUCGUUUCAACGAGGGCUUUGUUGCCUCGCGUAUUUAAAUCACUGAUCAAGUGUCUACAAGACACAUACACACAGCCACUUUGUAACGAUUUGACACACUUGUUGAACACAGACACUCUCUAGCCACCAAUCCAACAUUCUAAUCAGAAGGGUCCAACAUUUUUCUCAAUUAUUUCAUAUGGACACACACUCAGGACACUCUCGCGACACCUGAGUCAAGCAAACGAAAUAGUAGGCUGUAAAGUCCUUUUCACGAUAGAUGGUGAUGGAAAGAUUACUAAUGGAUGACACAUGUUCAUAAAUCCAUGCGAGCUUUUUCAAAAACAUAAUAACACCAAACUCCUUUAAAAUUCAUAUCCAUCAAACUGGAGUUUUAAGACUCAAUAUUUCAACAAUAACCAUCCCACGUCUCAAACUAGAUUCAUUAGCUAUAUAACGUCUCAACUAUAUUCCAAAAUCAAAUGACCUGCGUCCAAAAUCAAAUAGAGCAUCAACUGGGACCAUAUUCAUACCCAGAAAAAUAGAAAAUUGGUAUCUGAACUUUCAAUUAUUUUGACUAAUGCAACAGACUACAGCACAUGAUAGACUGAGACACCAAAAAGAACUGCGACAUGAAAACAACAAAUUUCAACCAAAACGAACCAAACAAGAACCAGUCGACCUGACCAACGAACUGAAUAAAGCUACGGAUUUCAGUCCCAAUACAAACACAAAUCCCACCAAUUAAACAGAUCAAACCAAACAAAAACGUUGACUUCCAGCAGUUCAACCCAACUCAAACUCCGAUCAAGAACCGAUGAACUGGACAUAGAUAGCACUUACCCAAUAACCCAAUGAAUAACAUGCAAACACAUAUUAUAUAAAUCUAUAAAUAAAACUGCACGAAACCAAAACCAACCAAUUACUCAAGCAGAAAACAUGAUACCCAGAAGAACAACCAAUCAAAUCAAUCAUCCGAUCUAAAAAAACGAACAAUUGAAGAAAAAAAAAGAUGGAGUGAAUUAAUUACCAGGCAAGUCCUCUGGGUCCCACUUGUAGACGUCAGUCUCGGCGAUGAUGUCGAGCUUCAGGCGCCGCCUACAGAUCUUCCUCUUGAGAUAGUAGAGCACCAGUUCCUCGUCUGUGGGGUGGAAUCGAAACCCAGGCGGCCAACGCUGAUCAUCUCCAUCUACAACUGCUGCAAGCACCAUGGAAUCUCUCUCUGUAUAUACGACGUCGAUUGUUAGAAGAUUGGAGGAAGAGGAGGAAUCGGGUGAGAAUCGGAGGAGUCCUUUCUCAACCGAUUCGGAAACCCUAAAUCGAGAGGAGAGUUGAGAUGUCGGGCGAAGGGAUGAGAUUGAGAUGGGGUUGAGAGAGAAUUUUGAGAGAAAGGAUCAAGU